ACCCACUGUGCCUCCCUUAUUUAGGCCAUUCUUCCAAAAUUUGACAUCAAAAUUCUUUAAUUUGAUUUUUCGAAAAUACCUGGCUAUGUCCAAAAUUCAGUAACACGGCCAUAGGUCCGAACUCUUUUAGGCUUUUCUUAGUAUCACUGAGAUCUACUUCCGAUGUUAAUACAGAGUCGUAACUCAUGAGACAGUUGGGGUGGUUUUCGCGUUAGUAGUUUAGUAAUAGAAGAGCAUUCCGAUAAAUCAAUAUGUUUCCUGUUCGAGAUCUUUUAGAACCGUGAGGUUCUAGUUCAUGAUUUCUAACGAAAAGGGACCAUUGUCGGCAUCCAUCACGGCACUAUGUUUUUAUUUGUAUAAACUGCUAGAGUUGGUCACGUGAAAUGAACUUUGAAGUGUAUUUUUGAAAAUGAUGAAUUUCGGCAACUUCGAAAGUUCGCUCCGUAUCCCUUUCCUAUUACGAACUCUCGCCACGCAUAUUUUCAAGCAGGAUACACAUAUACUUAGUACUCAGUACUACCAUAUACUUAGUACUAGUUACUCAUAUUAACGAUAAAAAAAUUAGAAAUGGUAAAUCUUUCUUUUUCGAGAAAACUUCGAUCUAACAGAUUUUGGAAAAAUAUUUAAAAGAUUCCUCAGCUUAUUUUCAUCUAAAAACCAAUAUCCGAUUUGGAAUUAGCGUGGAAAACUACACCGAAAUACAUAUUUCAUAAACGUUUACCGAAGUAAACAACUUCAUCAAAAAAUUUUCAUUCGAUCUACGUAAUUUUUUCCGAUAACUCAGUUUUGUACACUAAAAACCGCAUUUUCUCUAUUAGCCAUAUUUUUACAAGCUUUUGAAGUAUAUCUAGGUAAUUAGGAAUAUUUCACGCUAAAGUUUCAAAUUUUGGAAGAAUGGCCUAAAUAAGGGAGGCACAGUGGGUAUAUAGGCGGAAGUUUGGCUCAAUUCGUAAGUGCGCAUUUUUGAGAUUUGAAUACCGUCAUAUAUAUUUGGCUAAUGACCGAUUUAAUGAUGAAAAGAUAUUUUUCCUCGUUCAGAAAAUUGAUAAAGAAAAUUAACGUACUAAUUAGCGCUUUUUUGACAAUGUCGAUUGCGUAUUUCGAACAAAGUAAUCGAAACACUCCGUUUUGAUAUUUUCUGGAGCAGAAAAAUGCCAGCUGUUUGAUUCUGAAAAAAGUUUUGCUUUAUCUUAAAAGGUAUAGAUAAAAAACCUGUAGUUUUUCCCAGAAAAUCCCUUUUCCUCGUUACGUUACCGGUGUAAUCGACUUCCUAAAUUUUCCUAAACUCUGAUAGUGUUCAAAUGUACACCAAACGUUCAUCUCGGUGUCUUGUAUCUGUAGCACAUGCGGUUUUUUGACUAAACGGAGAUAUAGAUUUUCCCAAAAUCCCCGGUUUUUAAGGUAAAGUUGAGUUUUCUUAUAUCAAAAACAAUUUUGUUAAGACAAAUUAUACAUAUUUGGAUUCAGCGUGAAAAACUACAUCGAGUGAUGUAUCACUUAUUAGUUUUACAAAUAAAAAAUUGUUUGACAAGUGCCCUCCUUAGAGAUUUUUCAUUGGAAAAGAAUUUUUUUUCGAAUUUGAUUUUUCUUACUUCUAUUAAAAUUCGACACGUCAUAAGACAAUAUUAUACGAAAAUAAUCAUUUUUUAAUCCAUAACACCACGUUUAUGAUUAGGAAGGGAAAUUAGUAUAGUUUUUAGAAAACAGAUUCUUGCUCAGAACUUGAUACUCUUCUUUUUAAGAUGAGUCACAAAAUUUGCAGAAAAACAAACUGUGGUGCUCAUCGAAGUUCCACGGAAUUACCCUACAGAAUUAUUAUCGGCCAAAACAACUUUUAAGUUUUCAUAAUAUUCUUAAUUUGAUGUUAAAAAAACUCUGAUUAUUAGAAAAAAACAAUUCUUUUUUUCUGUUUCAAGGUGAAGCAACUAUAACAGCAACAACUAUUUGUUAUGAUCGUAACUGGAACAGAAUAGGUGUAACAAUUGCCGGUUCAGCAAUUGGUAAUUAUGGUUCAUCAUUAAAAUAUUUAUUCUAUCCUAUUGAUAUUGCUCUUGAUAAUUUCUCUAAUAUCUAUAUAAGUGAUAGUGGCAAUAAUCGAAUUGUUAAAUGGUCACAAAAUUCUCUCGAAGGGCAAUUAAUUAUUGGUAAUAUUAAUGGAGCAGCAGGUAAUUUACCAAAUCAAUUAAAUUAUCCAACUGGAAUUUAUUUAGAUAAAAUAAAUCAAAAUUUGUAUGUAGUUGAUUCAGGUAAUUAUCGUAUACAAAAAUUUUCAUUAAAUACAACAGAAAUACCACCAUUCAAUGGUAUAACCAUUCUUGAUCAAAAUUCUGUAUUUAAUGCAAUUAAUAGCAGUGGUAGCAGUUUUUCUACUGUUUAUUAUGAUAAUAUGAAUAAUAAUUUAUAUGUAACAGAUACAGGUAAUGGUCAAAUAUUAUUAUUUAAAAAUGAUAGUACAAUUCGAGUUGUUGCUGGCGGUAAGGAAGGAAAUACAAAAUUAUAUUAUCCAUUCGGAUUUUAUGUUGAUCGAAAUUUAACAAUUUAUAUUGCCGAUCGGGGUAAUGAUCGUAUAGUUAAAUGGUUAAAGAAUGCCAACGAAGGUAUAGUGAUUGCCGGUGACAAUGGAAAAGGUUCAAAUCCUGAUCAAUUGUUUGCUCCAACCGAUGUUUAUGUUGAUGAAACAGACGAUGAUACAAUUUAUAUUGCUGAUUCGAAUAAUAAUCGUAUACAGCAAUGGUUAUCAAAUGCUACUGAUGGACGAACAAUAGCUGGAAAUGAACAUGGUACUGCGGUUUGGUAUUCAACCGGAUUUCGUUGGCCAUAUAAAAUUAAAUUUGAUCAACAAUAUAGUUUAUAUGUUACUGAUUAUCAGAAUCAUCGUAUACAAAAAUUUAAUUUAAUUCAAAAUGGGUAUGGAUGCCAUUAA